GCAUUCAGAACUGUACAAAGAGAUCUACUCUCUCCCCCAUGCAGCUUCAGCCAUCACAAUGCUCAGAGAGGAUAGAGAGUAGGCAAAUGGUUCAUACACUUUGAGUAUAAGAUUAAAUCUUAAUCAUAUCUUUAGCUAUAAAAACGUAUCAUUCCAAUGGGAUAUGUCGCGCUUUUGGAAUACGGAUUUUUGCUUUAUGGGCUCCGUUCUUUGUGGAUAUUGUGUUUUUUGUUAAUCCAGGGAUGACAAAGAGGAAGGAAUAUCGAGACUGGAGAUGGCAGGCGCUUUGGUGGCAUCAUUUCUUCCUCUUGUGGACUACAGUAAACGCACAGACUCGUUACAGUAUCCAAGAGGAGCUAAAACAGGGCUCUGUGGUAGGAAAUCUUGCCAAAGAUCUGGGUUUGGGACUUUCGGACAUUUAUGACCGUAAAUUGCGCGUUGCUUCUGAGGCUGGAAAGCAGUAUUUCAGUGUGGAUGCGGGGAAGGGCGAGCUCGUGGUGAAUGACAGAAUAGACAGAGAGGCUUUAUGCGGACAAAGCGCCAGCUGUGUUUUGCCUUUGCAGGUGGUCAUUGAAGAUCCGUUACAGUUACAUCGAAUUGAGGUGGAAAUACAAGAUAUUAAUGACAAUUCUCCACGUUUUCUAUCAAAUGAAUUGUCUUUGAACAUAGCCGAGUCAGCAGCAGUGGGUACACGCUUCCCUUUAGAGAGCGCAUCUGACCCAGACGUUGGAAGCAAUUCCCUUAAAUCAUACACACUCAGUAAAAAUGAAUGUUGUUCCCUUAGAAUAAAAGAAAUCGAGGGUGGGAAAACCGUCCCGGAACUUGUAUUAGAAAAGCCUCUAGAUCGAGAGAAAAAAUCAGUCCACAAAAUAUUACUAACAGCAUUAGAUGGGGGGAAUCCAGUAAGAUCCGGAACCACACAAAUAACCAUAAGCGUUCUUGACAAUAAUGACAAUUUUCCGGUUUUUGAAAAGAAUCUCUAUAAAGUGUCCCUGGGUGAAAAAAGUGUACAAGGAACUGUUGUUAUUCAACCCAAAGCGUCAGAUGCAGAUGAAGGUUUAAAUGGCCAAAUUACAUUCUCGUUUGGCUCUCGGACGCCAGACUCGGUGUUGUCGGUCUUUGAUAUUAACCCUUCAACCGGUGAAAUCAUUCUGAAAGGGGAGUUAGAUUAUGAAACUGCCAAGUCAUAUGACAUUGAUGUGACUGCAAAAGAUAAAGGUAGUCCUCAGAUGGAGGGUCACUGCCGCGUGCAGGUUGAUAUUACUGAUUUCAAUGAUAAUGCUCCCGAAAUAGUUUUCACUUCUCAGCCCAAGCCAUUGCGUGAAGACGCACCAAGUGGGACAGUUGUGGCUUUGAUUAGUGCGCGAGACCUUGACUCUGCUGAUAACGGUAAAGUAACGUUGCAAAUUACCAAGGGCCCUCCCUUUGCUUUGAAACCUUCGUAUUCUAAUAAUUAUGCGCUGGUUACCAGUGGGACCUUAGACAGAGAACGAUUUUCAGAAUAUAAUAUUGAAAUUACAGCCACUGAUUCAGGCUCUCCUGCCUUGACCAGUAAAAAAAAUAUACCUGUUAUUAUCACUGAUGUUAAUGAUAACCCUCCUGUAUUCACUCAACGAAAUUAUAAUGUGUAUUUAAAAGAGAAUGGAGUCCUGGGAGGAGACAUGCUGUCUCAGAGUCAGUCCUUCAGGUCCUGUAUGUCUCCAAUGUCAGAGUACAGCGAUUUCACUCUGAUUAAACCCAGCAGCACCACAGACUUUAAGGAGGUGAUUAGUGUCCUGGAUGCUUCUUUACCUGACAGCACCUGGACCUUUGAGAGCCAGCAGGGGAAAAUCCGGUUUGGAAACCACGCCCCCAUGCGGGCGCAAAUAGCAUUGCGUUAUAUGACAUAA